AUGUCAACCGCCAUCUCCUCCCCCCUCCCAACCCCCAGCAACAGCCCCCCCUGCUCCACAGCCGACUUCACCCAAUUCCCCACCACAGACAUCGCCUGCGCCGUCGGCAGCACCACCAGCCUACCCGCCAACACCUCCGCCAUCCUCUCCUCAUGCUGCCACUCCGCCCCCGUCGAACCCUUCAACGGCGACUGCGGCUUCUACUGCCUCAGCGUCGACCAACCCGUAUCAGAACUACAGGCCUGCUUCAUGCAGGGCGGCGUCAACCCGGCGUCGAUUUUCUGCAGUGGGAAUAAUUCGGCCACGGCGACGGGGCGGCCGGAUGCUACGGGGAGUGCGACGCGGAGUGGGGGGGCGACGGCGACGGGGGGAAGCGAGGGGGUGGGGUCCCGGGUUGGGCCUGGGGGGAUGGGAAAGAGUGGGCUGGGGGUUUUGGGGUUGGUUUUUGCGUUUGUGAUUGCGGGGGCGGUUUUGUAG